AUGUAUUCUGAUGGAGUGGAGGCUGAGACUGAGACUGGAAGCAAGAAAACUGUAAAGAACCGUCUCAGUGGUGGCUUGUCUACUCACGGGACGUGGAAGAGAGAGAGGCAGGAUGACGACAAGUGGGAGCAUGAUCUUUUCGAUGAUGACAAGCCUCGAAUUUCAAAUCGCAGAGUUGACUCUAGAGAUCUCCGCUUGAAGCUCCAAAAGAAACAUCAUGGCUUGCAAAGUGGACGGGGAGCUAGUCUGGGCAUGCGGGAUCUACGGGAAAAGCUAUCUUGGAUGAUGGAUUCACAACCAAGGAGCGGUAACCCACAAAAAUCUAAAAGGGAGGCUACUAGACCAGCCAUAAAGAAUGUUGCAGUUGAUAGCUUCGUGGAAUCAUUGGGCCUUGAGAAAUAUUCGACCGCAUUUCAAGUGGAAGAAGUUGAUAUGGAUGCUCGUAUGCAUAUGGCAGAUGAUGACCUCAAAGCUAUGCUCAUACCAAUGGGACCUAGGAAGAAGAUACUUCUUGCUUUGGGAUCUAAACGUGGAUAG